AUGGUUUUAACUGAGGAAAAAAAUAACCACCAAAUUAAAGAAGAGGGUUUGAAAAAUAAUGAGAACAGAAGAAACAAUAUUUCUUCUGAAAGAAUAAAUCAAAUGCUGAAGUUAAAAUCCAAUCUUAAUAAUGUUGUUUUCCAACGUUUUAAAGAAAAGGUCAAUGAUGAUCAAUUGAAUGAAGUAUCUGAAAAGAUUGAAGAAUUAAGUAAUUUUUUUGAAAAACUUCUUCAGGAUAGUGGAUAUGAGAAACGUCCUUACAACAGACGUCGUUAUGGUGGAUUUCGCUCUCAUUACCACAAUAACAAAAGACAUCACGAUAAUGGUAAUGGUGAGCAGGAUAGUAAAAAAGUUGACGAUAUUAAUGAUGAUCAAAACAAAGAAAAUGAUAAUUCACAAAAAAAAGUAAAUAGAAAAAAGAAUUUUCGAAGAAACAACUUUCGAAGAUAUAAUAAUAAGAAGAACAUCGUUUUAAAAAGUGAUCACUCUGGUGAAACUGAGAUUUCUCCUGAUAGUAAUAUGAAAAAUAAUGAAGAAAUUGAUACAAAGAAAAACUAA